AUGAAGGGUCUUUAUCUUACCGCCGCUCUAUUUGGAGCAUCUUCCACUGCGUCUAAGGUUUAUACCGCGUCAUAUGCGGGCGCAGUUACCACACUGGAGUUCGGCAGGUCCGACUCAGGUUAUGAAUUGACGACCAUCUCAAACACGACUGACUGCGGCCCCAAUCCUUCUUGGCUGAUGCUGGAUGCCGACAAAAACCUCCUGGUCUGCCUCGACGAGGGCCUCAAUGGACCGAAUGGCACAUUGACUUCCUUCGAAGUCGACUCCGAUGGAUCGCUGUCCAAGAUUCAUCAUCUGGAGACGGUGCUAGGCCCCGUUCAAUCACACCUGUAUUCUGCGGGAAAUCGCACCUUCUUUGCUGUAGCCCACUACUCGGGAUCAUCGGUGACAGCAUAUGCCCUUAACACCAAUGGCGUCUUUACCCAUCGCCAGACCUUCACAUAUGAGCUAGAUGGUCCGGGCACAGAUCCCGACCGACAGGAGGCACCACACCCCCACGGUGUAGUGCUGGACCCGACAGGUCAAUUCAUUUUGGUUCCCGAUCUGGGAGCGACCUCGUGCGCAUUUUCCGCAUCAACCCUUCGACGGGCUUGUUGGAACCGCAGACGCCUUUGGCAGUGUCUCCAGGCUCUGGUCCCAGACACGGCGUAUUCUGGACGCCCAAGGGUGCACGUCCAGUAUCCCACGAACGGAACGAUCUCCUUUGACAAGUUCUUCGAGACUACCACGUAUGGUGGUCCGGAACUGCCAGACGGGGCUACCGCUGCUGAAAUCGCGAUCUCGCCUGCCAAUAACCAUAUUGUGAUUAGCAACCGCGAGGACAACAAGUUUGGCACCAACAAUGACACCAUUUCCGUGUUCUCCUGCGCUGAUGCCAGCGGAGAGUCUUUUACUGAUGUUACGCAUACUGGUUUGUACCCG